AUGACCCAAGACAACAAGACAGCAUCCGUCACAGAAGCAAAAACAUCAUCGACAACAACAGGUUCAUCAUCUUUCCUCCGUGCUCUUCAACACUGGUCUGGUGUAGCCUUUUCUGUUUUUGCCUCUCUCCACGUAGCUACUACAGUUUCAGCCUCCGUUUCACCUGCUACUUAUGAUCUCGUCUUGGAAAAGACAAGAGGAAUCUAUCGACCAAAUAUGAUGAUGGAAGGUUUGGUUGUAUUUGCUCCAUUGGUAGUCCACAUGAUUGCCAAUUCAUUGAUCUUUAUGAGUGGAAAAAAAUCAACAGCCACAGCCAAUACAUCACUUGCUAAAAAGUUACACACAUACACUGGAUAUGCUUUGGGGGCUUUGGUUCCAAUGCACAUUUUUGGAACUCGUUUUAUGCAUUCAUAUGCUGGUUCUUUUGCUUCCAUUGCUUUUGCAGCUGAGAAGGAAAUAGGUCAAGGUGCAGCAAUGGGUUAUUUUGGACUCUUAUUGACCAGUGGAGUUUAUCACUCAAUUUAUGGAUUGAAUGUCGCUCUUGGGUAUAAAUUGAAGAAACCAGUAGUUUUGGCAUCUAUUGUUGCAGUUUUGGCUGCUUCUUACUAUGGAGCCUUAGGUUUAUUGGGCUACUUGUAUCCUGAUCAAAUGGUUGCUGUUAGAGCUAAAUAUGAUCAAUUCGCUCAUUAA